GUCAAGAUCACGGACAUCACCAUCGACAACCAUCCCCAGGAGCUGUGCGCGAACUGCUUCGUUGCCGUGGACACGGGGACGUCGGAGCUGGCCGGGCCGUCCGCCGUCAUCAACGAGCUGGCCGAGAGGCUGCACGUGCUGACCGACUGCUCGAACUACCAGGAGCUGCCGAGGCUCGGAUUCCUCAUUGGUGGCCAGAUCCUGAACCUCGAGCCGAAAGACUACGUCGAUCAGUCUCCGGACGGCUGCCAGGUGUCCCUGAUGCCCCUCAACGUGCCCCCGCCCAAGGGCCCGCUCUUCGUCUUCGGGAUCCCUUUCCUGGAGAAGUUCUACACCGUCUACGACAAUGUGAACAAGCAGGUGGGCUUCGCCGUGGCGAAGCACGUCGGCGACGGCCCCGGGCACGCCGCGGCGGUCAUGUCGCAGUUGGGCGCAUCGGUGAGCAACAACUCGAAGUGGAACAUCCACAAUCCGAAGAAUCGGAAGUGGUGGAAGGAUCACCAUGUCACCUCCCAGCCGAAGGGGGCCAGGCAGCGGAGCAAGUGGCUGAAGAGGUGA